AUGUCCUCCUCCAACGACCUUCGCUCCCAAGCCGAAAAUAUCUUCAACCUAUGCAAACAAACCUACCCCGAUUCCCUAAUCCUCAAACUCACCCAACUUCUCCACACUUCCCCGAACCCUGAAACCCGCACCAUGUCCAUAAUCCUCCUCCGCCGCCACCUCACGCGCCACCACGACGACUCCUUCAUCUACCCACACCUAACCGCCUCCACUCAAUCCACUCUCUGUUCCCUCCUCCUCUCCUCUCUCCAUCAAGAGCCUAUCAAAUCCAUUGCUAAGAAGCUAUGCGACACGGUUUCUGAACCUGCUUCUGCACUUCUCUCCGAAGACCUUGCUUCGUGGCCUGACCUACUCCCGCUUCUCUUCCAGUUGUUUACUUCACCUGACGCUAGGCUUCAGGAGAUUUCGCUACUUGUGUUUGCUCAAUUGGAUCAUUACAUAGGUGAAACCCUAAUUCCUCAAUUGUCUACUCUUCACUCUGUUUUCCUCCGCAGCCUUAGCGCUGCUACAUCGUCAUCAGAUGUCCGCAUCGCUGCUCUUGCUGCCAGCAUCAAUUUUGUUCAGUGUCUCUCCAAUCCCUCUGACCGUGACAGUAUAGGGGGUGUAAAGAACAUAGUGCAAUGGGUUGUAGCCUGA